UUUAGGAUGCAGGAUGUGCACAAGGAGCGCGAUGUGGCGCAACACCGGUGCACAGUUCCAAUGAGCACAGUUAUGGCAGCGCACUUUUACCUGGAAUUCGCCCUUUACCAUGAGCACUAAACUUUACUGUUAAAAAUCUCCACUUAAGUCGGAGAUGCUCCUUCCUUGCUGAUGGCGGUGAGCCGGCUCGAUGUGCUCUACCGGAGGCUUCUCCUCACCAAACUCUUCAUCCAAGGAUGGGGAAAGCCAGAGGAACUGAAACGGAUAUUCGAGUUUAGGAAAAUCAUCGGCGAUCGGGAAAAAUGUAAGAACCUCGUACCACGGGACUAUCCGGUCUCCAUCGACAAGGUGGAGGAUCACUCGGACUGCAGGAUUCACAGCGGCCAUUUCAUUUCCCCGCUCGAACACCUGGUCCCGGGCAUCUUGCCAGCAGAAUCAGUGAAAGCCAGCUUUCAGUUUAUAGUGCCUAAAAAAUGGAGGCAGCACAGGCCGGUGUGCAUCCAUCUGGCAGGAACAGGAGAUCAUUUUUUCUGGAGGAGGCGCAUCCUCAUGGCCAGACCCAUGAUCAGAGAGGCGGGAAUGGCGUCCCUGCUGCUGGAAAACCCGUAUUAUGGAUACAGAAAACCUAAAGACCAGAAGCGGUCCAGUCUGAAGAACGUAUCUGAUCUGUUUGUGAUGGGCGGAGCUCUCAUCGUGGAGUCGGCUGCUCUCCUGCACUGGUUAGAGAGAGAGGGCUUUUGGCCCCUGGGCAUGACCGGGAUCUCCAUGGGAGGCCAUAUGGCAUCUUUAGCUGUAACCAACUGGCCCAAGCCAAUUCCUCUGAUCCCUUGUCUUUCCUGGACCACUGCGUCGAGUGUCUUCACCACUGGGGUGUUAAGCAGAGCUGUGAACUGGAGGGAACUUGAGAAGCAGUACGCCACACACACCGCCUACGAGGACGAGAUCGUCCACAUGCUGGAGUACUGCGGGACGGACUCUUUCCGGAUGGGCCAGGACUUUGUACGGGAUGCCCCAGGCAGCUUCGACAAACUCUCAAACAUGUCCCUGUCUCCUGAGCUGCUGUUGCAGCAUAGGGACGCCCGGGAUAGUUUGGAGCGCAUGCUGUCGUCCUCUAUCGGAGGCAGUCGGACGCACGUCAGCGCACUUCGCGGCAGGAGCGCAAGUCACAGUGUGGGCCAGCAUCGCUCGCUGCAGAGGGAGUCACUCUGCUUCAUGAAGGGCGUGAUGGAUGAGUGCACACACAUCGCCAACUUCUCAGUGCCGGUCGAUCCCGGUCUGAUUAUCGUCGUCCAGGCCAAAGAAGAUGCCUACGUGCCCCGGUCUGGCGUGCGCAGCCUGCAGGAGGUCUGGCCUGGCUGCGAGGUUCGCUACCUGAACGGGGGUCACGUUACGGCCUAUCUGUUUAAACAGGCGGUGUUCAGACGGGCCAUUUAUGAUGCCUUCGAGCGGUUUGUUCAGAAGUAUCCCUUAUUAUUAUAGCCUCGUAUCCUCCGCCGUGUUGUUCUAACACCUACAACAACACACCAGGACUCUGAACGGAUCUUGAACCUAAACCUCUCAACACCAUGGUGCUACUGGAGACAUUUACACAUCAUCAUUAUUACAGUAUAAAGUUUAUAGACAUUUCUGAACUAUAUUUUUAACAUCAUGCCUUCAGAACUAAAGCCAAACUGUAUUUCAUCCACGCCGUCUAUUAUUAUUUUUUUGUUAUUAAACUAUUACUAUUAUUUUUAAACAUCCUCAGACAUAUGUUUGAACCCCAGAUACAUUUAUUAAUCACAGUUCACUGCCAAAAUGAAAACAGCGUGCAUUAUGUUAUAAAUCAUCUUUUAUGAUUAAAAAUUUAAGUAUUAGAAUUUACAAAGGUGUUUUUUUUUUAUUUAUUAAAUAAUGUAUUUCUUAAAUCUAAUAAAUACUUUUUCAACCCCUUACAUUUCUGUAUCUCAACUAUAAAAUAAAAAACACAUUUUGAAGAC